UCAGCCCAGGCGCUGGAGAGGUUUGCUGUGUUUAUGUGUGGAGAGCUGGCUGCGGGCGCUGCUGCUUUACUGCACGCUGCCUCCUGCUGUUUAAAGUAUUCAGCUUGGGGUGAAAUGUUUUCUAGUAAUUUGUGAUUUCGUGUUUAUUACGUGCACGGAGUUCCGGGAAGAGGAUUCCGCUAGACCAGUCUCCCAGUAAAACCAGUGCAGAUGGAGGUCAGUGUCUCCGUGUCGCUCUUUGAAGACGAGCUCGCCUCUGCCGUCGAGCUCGCAGUGAAAGCGGCUGUGGACUCCGUCUUGUGUGCGGUUACUAAAGCUGUCGGCAGCAAAUUCACUGAAUUCCGAGUGGAAAUGACUGGAAAGGAGAAAGAGAUUGAAAGUCUGAAGCGGAGAUUGGAAAUAUCAGAGAGCGAGCUGAGAGCCGUGCGAGGGUGUGGAAACACUGCAGAUACAGACAUCAAACACGCUUUCAUAUUUCAGGCAGCUCUUCGUCAGGGAGGUCCUCCUGCAUGGCGCCCAUGCCCUCCAUCUCUUCCUCAGUCAGAGCCCUCCUCCUCUUCAGUGACUGAACCAGAUCCCAAAGAGAGCCACGCUGUCCCUGAAUCCGAAGCACAGGAGGGGCCAAAGAUGGAAGCAGUCUACACACAAGAGGAGUCCUUUGAGCGGGAGUGCUGUGCAAGUCUAAUGCAGGUUACAGAGCUGACAUUUGUUAAAGAUGAAGAGGUCCCUCAACAGGAAUGUGUUCCUAUCAAAGAGGAGUUCAUAGAGCAGGAAUGUGUCCCCAUCACAGAGGAACCUCUUCAUGAAAAUAAUGUCCAUACACUUGAGAAGAACAACAAUCUGGGAUCCAGCCUGUGUGAUGAUUCUCCAUCUGAAUGUGAACUGGGAUUUAGAGCUUCUACAGUAGAUGAAGGAGAACACGACUCCACUCCAUCAACCCAGUGCAAAAACGCUUCUAGUGGCAAACCACAGUGCAAGAAACACAGAGAAAUGACACCCCAAGAAGAGUAUGUGAAGACAUUGAGGACUCACUCGGUUAAAAUUCCUUCUUUACAAGACAGACCCCCUCUUACUGUGGAGAGUACAGAGACACCACAUUCUGCAUGUUUUAACAGUUCUGAAACCCAGGGCAACUUGAAGACCUUGCCUCAUUCUAUUACAAGUGGGAAGAGUUCCUGUCAAUUGGAUGUUCCUGAAACUCACAAAGGAAAUUCCACAGGAGGGAUUACAUUUUCCUGGGCUGAUUGUGGGAAGAGUUUCAGUCAUAUAUCACUGCUUAAAAGACACCAGUGCAUCUACACAGGAGAGAAACCUUCCCACAUACAUUCCAGUGAUAAGAGUUUCACACAGUUAGGAAAUCUUCAUUCACAACAGCGCAUUCACAUAGGAGAGAAACCUUAUCACUGUCCUGAGUGUGGGAAGAGAUUCAUUAACUCAAGAAACCUUAAAAUGCACAAGCGCAUUCACACAGGAGAGAAACCUUAUCACUGCUCUGUUUGUGGGAAGAGAUUCAGUCAGUUAGGAGACCUUAAAAAACACAAGCGCAUUCACACAGGAGAGAAACCUUAUCACUGCUCUGUUUGUGGGAAGAGAUUCAAUCACAUAGGAGACCUUAAAAAACACCAGCGCAUUCACACAGGCGAGAAACCUUAUCACUGUGCUGUUUGUGGGAAGAGAUUCAGUCAGUUAGGAAAUCUUAAAAGACACCAUAAAAUUCACCCAGGUAUGUAAUCCUAUCGCUGCUCAUAGUGUGAAGAAGUUAAGUCAGUUGCUGGCUCUUACAGGACUUGAGAACAUUCUCAGAAUUGCGUUUGACUAAAUACAGUGUUAUUUACUGAAAACAAAAGAAUAAGCUUGCUUGAUAAAUAGGGUCACUCUUAAUCACAAUUUGUUCAGAGCAAAAACUCACAGACAUAUGAUAUUAACAACUGCAUCUGUAUUCAUCAUCUUGUUGAGCUUUCUGAUUUUGUUAUAUCACAUUAGUAAUAUAUUAAACAGAUUGUAUUAUGAA